AUGGAUCACCAACUUGCAAUCAAGGCUUUGGCCUUGCUCUCAGCCGGCGUGAUAAUUACGCAGGUCAUGCGGGUGUUUCUUUCACCUCACCUCAGCUCGUACAAGCAUAUUCCAGCUCCAAAGCAAGGAAAUGUCCUAUUCAGACUGCUCUAUGAGCCAAGAGUUCCGGAAAUAGAGGCAUGGAUGGACAAGAUCCCCCACUCUGGUCUUAUCCGAUACUAUGGUAUUUUCAACCGCGAACGCAUCUUCAUUGCCAGCCCAGAUGCAGCAAAAGACUUGCUUGGUUCUGCAAACUCCUAUAAGUUCAUCAAGCCAGAGCUUCAAUGGAUAUUAGCAAACAAUAUUGCAGGCCAUGGCUUGCUGAUCCAAGAAGGAGAUGAGCACAAGGAAGCUCGCAAGCGAUUCAAUCCAACCUUCAGCCCUGCACAGAUGAAAAAGUGGUUUCCACGUCUCUGGGGCACAACAAUCGAGACAAUGAACGGUCUUGAGAAACAGGUGCAGCAGAACACCGUGGCGGCACCCGAUACAAUCACGAAGGGCUCAAUGCGGGGUGUUACCAGCAUACUGAGGCUCGUAUCCGCAGCUAGUAUAGAUAUGAUUGGUCAUUUCGGGUAUGACGUUGAGUUCAAGACGCUCCAGAAUUUGUCAAAACGGAGAAGUCAGCUGAAAGAAACCGUCGAGGACCCAAAGCCUGCGUUCGGCCGAGCUUACAUUGAGAUGUUCAAGACCACCCGGCGGGGCCAGCUCACUCUCAACGCAGCAUCCCUGAUCGGCCCCAAGAUCGCUCUUGCACUGCCAAUACCAGCCGUAAAGACCAUACACGGAAUCAUGGGCCUGGUGAGAAGAACAGCGGAGCACAUAGUCACUACACGUGAGCGCAGCAUUGCUUGCAAGUCCGAGGGGCUCGACACCGACAUGCUCACAAUGAUUCUGGGAAUGGAUCACUUUUCUCAUGCCGAAUUGGUGGAGCAAACCGUUCAUUUCCUUGCAGCCGGGACCGAGACUGUGGCAGGAAGCACCUGCUGGGCGAUCCAUCUACUGUCGAGACACCCAGAAAUUCAGCAUCGCCUCCGUGAAGAGAUCCGAGCAAAUGUUACUUCUCCCUACAUUGCAGGAAAGGAAGCUGUCAGCGAGUCCCAAUUUACCAACCUCAAAUAUCUCAACGCUGUUGUUGAAGAGGUAUUGCGGUUCCACUCAAUCAAUACCUUACUCUGGCGCACGUGCAUUGAGCCGGCAACAAUCAGCGGAGUUCCUGUUACCAAAGGGACCGCCAUCGUAUUCUCUCCCUGGGCUUUGAACCGCGAUCCGGCGCAUUGGGGCCCUGAUGGUCGCAUUUUCAACCCUGAGAGAUGGCUAAAUGACCCGUCUGGAGGGUCUGAGCAUCCUUACUCGUUCCUGACCUUCGGCGGUGGCCCCCGUCGAUGUGUAGGGGAACAAUACGCGAGGAACGAGCUACUUUGUCUAGUCGCGGGGCUGAUUGGACGUUUCCAAUUUUCUCCGCUCAAUCCAUACAAAGAGUCCGAUGAGGGCCAAGAGAUAGGCGACAACUUUGCCUUGACCAUUUUCAAGAUUUACUCCGGUUGGAAGCUCCAGGUGGAGCAGGUCCCUGGCUGGUGA